GCUUUUCCAGCAAAUGGAGUUACGGUUUUUGUGUACUGCAGCUCUGUGACAGUGUUCUUCACAGUAAUAAAGGUGAUCAGUUACCGUCUGCACCUUAUGUUUGAUAAAGGUGAAGUAAUUCAACAAAAGCUCUCAAGAAAAAAUGGAAAACAAUGUAAAGAUACAGAGGUUCCAAAAGGAAACACAGUUCAGCCCUCAGAUCGUAGCAAUAACACUGGGGAUAAUGGUGUCGUUGGUGAGACCAACCAAAAUGACUCUACCCAAACAAUUCAUGACAGUUCAAGGGUACAGGCUCUGGACUUGCAGAACUCACCUGGAGCAAUGGAGCUGCCAACACGGGAAACUAUUGAAGAUCUCAGAGGUGUUACGGUAUUAGAAGACCAGGCUGCAGCACCAGUUUCAUCUACCUCACCCUGUAUCAAAGCAGAUAUAUUACCUGUUUCUAUAGCCUCUGCUUCAGGUGCCACCACAUCAGCAAUAGUGAUAAAACCAGCUGCUAUGGAAACACUUUCUGGUAAUGGAAUAAAUGAAGAAGGAGGGAAUGGACAGACGUAUGGACAUCGUGGAUCCCAAGAUAUUCUUGUAGACAGAGAUGUAGCUAAAAACUUCUCCAAUAUUUCUUCAUCGCAAGGAGAUAUUUUAAGGACUGGAGUUUUUUCAGAGCCAUGGGACACUGAAAAUUCAGUUGUUUCAGAUCAUUUGAGUAAUCCUAAAUGCUACAAAAGAGAGAAAUUGCCAGAUGGAUCACCACAGACAGGCUUUACAAGUAACUGCCCACGCUGCAAUGCCAUUGCAACCAAAGAUCCCGAGCAUGUGGAAAGUUCUUGCAAUGCUGGUGAUACCCAUGAGGACCUUGAUCGCUUGGACAGUGAAACUGCUGUUGCAGUGGUGGACAACUCUCUUCCUGGAGACCAGCUGUGUGAGCCCAUUAAAAUUGUCAUCACAAUGAGUACUACACCAAACACCACCCUCAGUGACCUAGCGGGCUCUGUCCACUUAAAGGCUCUGGGAACUGAGAGAACGAGCUCUGCCCUCGAGUCUGGUAUAGUUACAGCAGGUUGGCCAAGUCAGCAAACUAAUGAGCAGCUCAGAAUCCCCGUUAUCACUUUUGACCUGUCUGAUGACAGUAAAGGUAAGGCUUGCCCAGAAGUUAGUGAAAGCGAAAGAACUCCAGAAAUUUUAAAGUUAGAGUUGUCGUCCAACCAGUGCUCUGGCUAUGAAUCGGGUGAUGCAGUAAGGGAACACAGCAACCCAGGAAAUACUCCUUUAGAAACUAACACUUGUUCAGAUCCAAAUCAGGAUAAUGCCUCUGAAAAUCUCCAGACUGUGGAUUUAACUUCUAAAGAAGACCUGCGGAACCUAGACCCGCAGUCCUGUAGAACUGCUCACGAAAAGAGGCACAUGCGGGUGCUGAGCGUAGACAGCGGGACAGAUGUGCUUUUAAGUAAGAAUUUCAUGGAGGUAUCUGACAAAGAAAAGACCUUACCAACUUCUAAAUCAGAUCUAGAAGCUAAGGAAGGACAGGUGCCCAAUGAAUCUAACUUUCUAGAGUUUGUCUCCCUCCUGGAAUCCAUUAAUACCUCAAAGAUGAAGGCAUCCAAUCAAUCCAUUGUCAAAAUGGAGACAACAAAGGAAAAUGGGCUUGUUGGAGAUAGCCAGAUGACGGAGAGAAAAGAAGAAAUGGUUGGAACAGAAAAGCACUGUGAGCAACUUCCUAAACAGGAAAGAUCAGAUGUACAAAGCCAAGAUCGUGCUAGUACUAGUCCGGUGCUACCAGAGUCUGCCAAAUUUGCAGCACUUUACCAGGGCAACAGGCAAAGGCAGAUAAUCUACCGGGUAACUUCUCAGCAAGACAGUUCUGUCUUGCAAGUAAUAAGUGGACCUGAGGCGUCUGUGCAAGAUGAGCUGUCUGUGGAUGCAAUGCACGUGUUCAUAGAUGAAAAUGGGGAAAUUAGAUCCUGUUAUUUAAAGGCUGGCCGUCAGAAGGAAGGAAAUUUUCGACAUCAGCUAUCAAACUGUGAUUGUAUUUCAAAUGCUCAGGAAAUACAGUUCAGCUCUUCUAGUACUACCACUUCAGAGAGCCAAGAACCGUCUUCCGGGGAUCAAGCAGCGAGCGCGCUUCAGCAGCAGCUCCUACUGAUGGUGGCACGAAGGACCCUUUCAGAAAGCCCACGGCAACCUAGCCAGGACCCUGAGGAUUCUUCAUGUUCUUCAGCACAAUGGAAACUGAACAGGCAGUUUUACAGAUUUAUUAUAUUCCCUGGAAGAUGGAUUAAAGUCUGGUAUGAUCGCCUUACCUUGUUGGCAUUGUUGGACAGGACAGAAGAUAUAAAGGAGAAUGUAUUUGCUGUCCUUCUGGUAGUUCUUGUUUCACUUCUUGGCUUUCUGACUCUGAAUCAAGGCUUCUGUAAAGAUAUUUGGGUUCUGUUGUUCUGUCUUGUGAUGGCCAGCUGCCAGUAUUCUCUCCUAAAGAGCGUUCAGCCUGAUCCUGCUUCACCAAUACAUGGGCACAAUAAAAUAAUAACCUACAGCAGACCUGUAUAUUUUUGUAUAUUGUGUGGCCUUAUUUUGCUGCUAGAUGCUGGAUCUAAAGACGCAAAUCCUCCAGUUUAUACAAUGUAUGGCUUGAAGCUCUUUUCGCCUAGAUCUCUCCAGUCAGCCAGAGACCACAUAAUAGUUUUUUUGUAUUGCUUUCCUGCAAUUUCUCUUCUUGGUCUUUUCCCUCAAAUCAACACCUUCUGUAUAUAUCUUUUGGAGCAAAUAGACAUGUUGCUUUUUGGCGGUUCUGCUGCUGCUGGGUUUGUAUCUGCACUAUACAGCAUUUCCCGAAGCUUUGUGGUUCUGAUUGUCCUAUACGCUUUCUGCUUCAGUGCAGUGAAGGAACCCUGGGAUGCACAACACAUUCCAGCACUGUUCUCUGCUUUCUGUGGUCUGCUAGUUGCACUUUCUUAUCACCUCAGCAGACAAAGCAGUGACCCGUCUGUACUGAUGUCUCUUAUUCAAUGCAAAUAUGUCCCUCACUAUCUACGUCAACAAUGUGAAGAUUCAUCAGCAGAUCCACUCCCAGAAAAGAUGAGAGAAUCAGUGAAAGAAAUCUUGAAAUCGGAUCUCAUUGUCUGCACAGCGGCUGCUGUUCUGUCAUUUGCUGUCAGUGCCAGUACUGUGUUUCUAUCAUUAAGGCCAUUUCUCAGCAUUGUUCUGUUUGCUUUAGCAUGGACUGUGGGAUUUGUAACACAUUACGUACUUCCUCAGCUUCGCAAGCAUCACCCCUGGCUGUGGAUUUCCCACCCCAUACUUAAAAGCAAAGAGCACCAGCAACGAGAAGUGAGAGAUGCUGCUCAUUUGAUGUGGUUUGAAAGGCUCUAUGUGUGGCUUCAGUGCUUUGAGAAAUACAUUUUGUAUCCCGCUAUAAUACUGAAUGCCCUCACCAUUGAUGCUUUCUCAAUUAGUAAAUACAAGAAGCUUGGUACACACUGUGAUAUUAUCCUGAUAACAGUUGCUGGCAUGAAACUCCUCCGCUCCUCAUUCUGUAAUCCUAUUAAUCAAUUUGUUACUUUGAGCUUUACUGUAAUCUUCUUCCGGUUUGACUAUAGAGACAUUUCAGAAAAUUUCUUGCUGGAUUUCUUCAUGAUGUCCAUCGUGUUUCAUAAGCUAUGGGACCUACUGCAGAAGUUGCAGUUCAUCAUGACGUACAUUGCUCCCUGGCAGAUUGCCUGGGGAUCAUCGUUCCAUGUUUUUGCUCAGCUCUUUGCAAUACCUCAUUCUGCCAUGCUUUUUUUUCAAACUCUGGCCACUUCGAUCUUUUCUACACCACUGAGUCCGUUUCUUGGUAGCGUCAUCUUUAUCGCAUCAUACGCAAGACCGAUCAAGUUCUGGGAGAAAAACUACAACACCAAAAGAUCGGACCAUUCCAACACCAGACUGGCAAUUCAGAUCGAAAAGGAUGCAGGAAAUGAUGACAAUAAUCUCAACUCCAUUUUUUAUGAGCAUUUGACAAGAUCUCUGCAGGAGUCUCUUUGUGGAGAUUUGAUUCUGGGCCGCUGGGGAAACUACAACACAGGAGACUGUUUUAUUUUGGCAUCAGAUUAUUUAAAUGCCUUUGUGCACUUGAUCGAAAUUGGAAAUGGCCUUGUCACCUUUCAGCUCAGAGGGCUGGAAUUUCGAGGGACGUAUUGCCAGCAGAGAGAAGUGGAAGCUAUAACAGAAGGAGAUGAAGACAAUGAAGGCUGCUGCUGUUGUAAGCCCGGGCACUUGCCUCACUUAUUAUCCUGUAAUGCAGCCUUUAACCUCCGAUGGCUGACAUGGGAAAUAACACGAACCCAGUACAUCCUGGAAGGAUACAGCAUCAUUGAUAACAACGCCGCAACAAUGCUGCAAGUGUUCGAUCUGCGGAGAAUACUUAUCAGAUACUAUAUAAAGAGUAUAAUAUACUUUACAGUAAGUUCUUCCAAAAUCUUUGACUGGAUAAAAGACGAAUCCAUCCAGAAAGUACUGCAGCCUUACGCAAAGUGGCAUUAUAUUGAACGUGACCUCGCAAUGUUUAACAUUAACAUAGAUGAAGAUUAUGUUCCGUGUCUCCAAGGCAUAACAAGAGCUAGUUUCUGCAGUGUUUAUCUGGACUGGAUUCAGUUCUGUGCUAGGAAAAGGGUGGAG